GUGGCUGCGUCUGAUAGAACUCCACAGUGUACACGCGCACCUGACAGCUUCGCGAGCCCGACCUCAUCUGAAAAAAGGACCGACAUGACGCUGCUGGACGAGCGGAUCUGGUCGCUGUUCAAGCGCCACUGGCGUCAAACUCUCACAUACUGGAGCGCGUUUUUCAGCUUCGGCCUGUGCAUCGCCUUCCUGGGACCCACCGUGCUGGACCUGAGGUGUCAGACCCAGUCCACGCUGCAGCAGAUCACCUGGGUCUUCUUCUCCCAGCAGUUCUUCCUGCUGAUGGGCAGCGGCCUUGGGGGGCUCUUCCGGAAGACACUCCCGUCCUCACUGCUCGCCCUUUUCUCCUGCACUCUCGUCAUCUCGCUCGUGUUUGCCGUCAUACCGCUGUGUAACCAUGUGUUGCUGCUCUCUGUCGCCAUGGCGAUUGCCGGAUUAGCCAUGGGGGUGAUCGACACCAUUGCCAACCUCCAGCUGGUGAAUCUGUACCAGAAGGACUCCGCCAUCUUCCUGCAGGCCUUGCAUUUCUUUAUGGGCCUGGGCGCUCUGGUCAGCCCCCUGGUGGCCGAUCCUUUUCUGGCAGAUGACGUCUGUGUCCUGGGUGCCAACUGGACCACCAACUCGUCCUCUCCCUCCGACCUACAGCACCUCCGCAGCAGCCUGGCCGGGCACGGAGCGGCGAUCGGCAACAUCUCCCAGUAUCCUCUGCACACCGAGGGUGUAGUCGUCACCCAGGUGUCGUAUGCUUUCUGGAUCAUGGCUCUUAUCAAUCUCCCAGUGCCAGCAGGAGUACUCACUUUGAUGUACCACGAGAGACUGCUGCCUUGCUCCGGCAGCAGUCCACGUCUGAUCGACAGAGACUCUCUGUCCAGCACCAGCCCCACCGGUGACAGUGUUCAAGGUCAUCGGAGAUGGUUUGGUUGCUGCGACCCUGCCAAACUCCUGGGCCGCCCUGCUUCUUUCCUCAUUCUCCACGCACUCGGUGGGGCAAUCCUCUUCGUCACUGAAGGAAUUAUAGGCUCCUAUGCUGGAUUCGUCUACACCUACGCAGUGUCCCCUCCUCUGCUGAUGGGUCAUAAAACAGCUGGCUAUCUUGACAGUACAUUCUGGGCCUCCAUUACAGUAGGAAGACUGGCUUUCAUCUACCUGUCCUACAGAUACACAGCACCCAGGCUGCUCACCUUUAGUCUGGUCGGAGUCAUACUUGUGCAGUGCCUGUUGUUGAUCUUGUACACCAGCGGUGUGUUUCUCUUCAUCGGUACCUGCGUUUUGGGACUGUGCAUCAGCAGCGUGUUCCCGUCCAUGCUGGCCUUUACAGAGGACGUGCUAGACUACAAAGGUUGUGCUACAACUGUCCUGGUGACCAGUGCCAGCACAGGAGAGAUGCUGCUGCAGCUGCUUGUUGGAUCGGCGAUCCACAGUGGGGGCAGUUACACCUUCAUGUUGUGUUGUACAAUAUCAUCAUACAUUGGCUUCUGCCUGUUCCUGCUGCUCCUCUAUGUCAGGCACAGACACAGAAACCGCAGCACAGAUUCAUCUCAAAACACAGACAUGAAAGAGAGGCCCGAGUCGGGACGUUCUGGAUGCGAGGGGUCCCCGAGAGACUGAGGGGUUAGUCCAGUGGACACACAUGGCCAAGCGGCUCUGCUGUGGCCGAUGGAAAGGGAGCAUGAGAAGAACCAUCUCUGGACGUUCCCACUGCAGCCUCGGAACAGGAGCGUCAUCUCGGCCUCCUCCCACUGAACAUUUUUUUAACCU